GACUGACUGCAAUUAACUCUAUUUAUUAUUUAUACAUAUCCAUGUACAUCACUUGCACAGUCUCAAUCGAAUUACUUAACGGCUGUUCUUGGUCAAUUAAUCUCUUUCACAAUAACAGAUUCAUAGGCAGGGUGCGUGGAAACCCACAAUGGGACUUUUUGACGGGAACACGUGGGUGAUACCGGAAACAUUUUCCUUCUUUUCCAGAAUUUGUGGAAUUCUCGCAAUGAGUUGCAUUCUGAUGCCGGAGGAACAACGUUCCGUGCCAGAAUUAGUGUUUGUGGUCUCCUGUGCCGUCGUCUUCUUUCUCAACUGCUUCGAAUUUAUUGGGACACCGAAGGAGAACUUGAUGGUCCAACUACUCGCCGUUGGCGUAGGAAUCCUUGGUACUGCAUUGCUCCUUUUGACUGCAGAUUCGCUGCAUAACCAGAGGAGUGCAUUCUAUGCCUCGAUCUUUUCUGGAAUAAGCAUCUUUGGUAGUUUCGUCUCGGGAACAGAUUUUUACAUCCACGUGUUAAGUACGAGCAGUCUAUGAUUGAUGACGUUACAUGCAUAUGUGCAUUUGCAUCCUUUGUAACACGAGAUGUUUUCUCUCUCACUCAUAUUGCACAACACCCGUUGUUAUUAUUAUAUAAGUAUUUAGUUGUUAAAAUUGAAUCGAAAAGCUACAUAAAAAUACAUAUGUAUCUGUAUUCCAAAGGAAGAAUAAAAGAGUCAAAAGCAUG